CUUUUGCCCGGUUGACAGUUAGUUCUUCUGUGCGUGUUUGUUUACAAACGAAAAAGUAGCUCCACCGAAAAAGGCCGCCAGCGAAAAGUGAAACGAACCCGCUACGAAAACCACCAUGUCGGACAGUGAUGUCGAGUACGAUGCGUCCAACGUGGAAAUUGAAGAACUCGACGUCGAUGAGAUCGAUGAGUCGGUGCGGUCCGAAUUUGUUGAGCUGCAGCAACAGCACGUGGUGAUGCAACAGGGCGGCGGAUAUGCUGGACCGUCAACCGCAUCUGCCGGUGCGUCCUCAUCCGCCCAAUCGGAGUCGGAAACGGAUGACGAGAAUAUGUAUCAGCGAGAGGUGCUGAUCAAAAAGCUUGUCGCACGGGAAAUUAGUUUCUCCGAGUACCAGGCUCAAAUCCAGCAAGAGGACGAUCUCGACGAUGACGACGUUGAUGUGGAUCAGAGCGCGAAGAAAAAGUCCACCUUCUUCCAGGACUUUAAUACUGCGCGGCGUGACGUUUUGAAGGGAAACUUCCAAGGCUCGACCAAACUGGAAGGAAAGUCAGUGUAUCGUCGUCAGAAACGAUGCCUACCAACGGCACUGCAAGGUUUGAUGGGACAGGCGAACCUUUGCUACGCCAGGGGUGACGUAAAGACGGCGGAAGAUCUGUGCAUGGAAAUCAUUCGGCAGCUUCCCUUGGCGCACGAACCGUUCAUCACGCUGGCCCAGAUACACGAGAUGACCGAUCCGGAAAAGUAUCUUCAGUACUCACUCAUCGCGGCCCAUUUGAAUCCGUCCGAUUCGGAGCAGUGGCUGCAUGUGGCCGAAAUAUUCAUCGAGCGCGAUGAUGUGUUCGAAGCGCUCAAAUGUUACACGCGAGGCAUCAGGGCCAACCCGAAAAAUGUGGACAUGCGUCUCAAACGUGCCCGACUGAUGGAAACGAAAGAUGAGAAGCAAGCCUUGCGGUACUACUACAACACGCUACCGUUCAUCCCGAAGGAGCAGUCCGAUUUACUCAUCAGUACGGCGAAGCACGUCGCGAAAAAGUUCCACGAAGAAAGUAACGUCGGCGCGGCGCUCGAUGCGAUGCAGCGUGCUUACAGCACAGCGCCGGAGAAAUUUAGCAUGGAGGACAUUAAUCUGCUGAUCGAGUUGCUAAUAGCGAACGGUCACUACCGGCAGGCGCUGGACAUUCUAGCGAUGCACGCAAGCGUCGAGCUGUACAACUACGAUCUCGGGGCUAGCGAGGAUUCACCCAUGAGCCCCAACUUUUCAAUCGUAAUACCGGACAACAUAGUGCUCGAUCUGCGCACAAAGCUGGCCGUAGUGCUUGUGCACUUAAAAUGUGAGCAAUGCUUCGAGAAAGUGAUCGAUGACAUUCUCGCUCGCAUCGAUCCGGAGAACGAUGGCGACUGUUAUCUGGAUGUUGCCGAAGCACUCAUGAAGGAAGAAUACUACCGUGACGCAUUGCGGCUGCUGGUGCCGUUGAUCAAGAGUAAGAAAUUCUCCCUGGCUGCGGUCUGGUUGCGGUACGCCGAUUGCUCUCGUUGGAUUGAAAACUAUGACGAAGCGAUUGUGGGCUACAGAAAGGUGGUUUCCCUCGCACACUAUCUCGACGCACGAUUGGCCCUAGCUGCACUGCUUAAAAAGCAGGGUAAAUACGACGAAGCACUGCAAGCGUUAGAGCAAGAUCCCGACAACGAAUAUCUCGACCCGGAGGUGCUGCAUGAGCGGUGCUUGAUGCUGCAUGAAGCCGGUCGCUACCAGGAAUUGCUCGGAGCCGGUUUCAUACUGCUCGCUCGACACUGCUACCAGAUUAAGAAACGGCAAGACAUAGCAGUACUGUCGCACGUAAAGUACUACGAGAACAAAAAUCGAACCCUUGGUGAAGGUGUACCGGACUUUGUGCAGGGAAGCGAUUUGCCGCUCGAAACGGAGUGGGAUCUUGCCAUCCGCCUGCUGACGGUGGCCGACGAGCAACGGGACUAUACGUACUACAUGAAGCUGGUGUUUACGCUGCAAACUUCGAAACGAUUCCACUGCUACCGGCCGGAGCUGCUGCAGCUUGCACUUACCGCCUGCAUUUACAACCGCGAUCCAACCUUCGGACUGAACAUAAUGCGCGAUCUCAUCCGUCCGCUGUUCAACCUGAAGGGCGACGCAUUCGAGUCGAAGAUCAACCAUCCGCAGCUGUGGAAUUUGUUCAACCUGAUCGUGUUCAUUAGCGGCGACGUACGGUACCAUCGCUAUCUGUCGCGCAUUUUCUUCCGCUCGUCCAAGAUCGGCAUCUAUCCGAAGGUGUUGAUUGCCAACUAUCACCUGAACUGCUGCACCUUCAAGUACGCACUGAACGAGUACAACAAAAUAUAUCUCGUCACGAAUGAUCCGCUGCAUGCGAUGAUGAUUGCCGUCACGCUCACGCAGAUCGCCUGCCAAAAGUUCACGAACAAGAAGCAAUCGCUGAUCGCACAGGCGAACGUGUUUAUGGAAAAGUAUCUGGCUGAACGGCCGGAAGAGGUGCGGAACGAGGUGUUCUACAACUUUGGCCGAAUGUACCAUCAGCUGGGAUUGCUUCAUCUGGCGGUCGAUUACUAUAAGCGGGUGCUAAGCUUCGACAGCCCGGUUGUGAGGGAAAAUCCGCAGUACUUAGAUUUGAAAGCGGAGGCGGCUUUCAACCUGAGCUUCAUCUACAAACAUAGCGGAAACCAUGAUCUGGCUCGCAAAUAUCUGUACGACUAUAUACAGGUGUAAGGGAAUGGAGCCGGUUGAUUUUGUUAAAUGGUAAAUAUAUAGUUUUGUAAUUUA